CCGGGUGACAGACCAUCGGAAACAACAACGAAUUGGUGUGCUAAACUAUAACGGUUCCCUGAUAUGUUUCUUUUAUUACUUUCCCCUACAGUUCUAUGAUUUCGACGAGUGCGGUGUGUUCCAACGAUGUGCAAGCUGAGUGUUUGGAUCAGUCAACAACGGAUGGAGCGAAAUUGUCGGCGAUUGUGGGACAGCAGAUCGGCAACCUGAUGCGCGCAGACGAACCAGAGUGGGAUGUGAACCUCUGCGAUGUAGUGUUGGCGGGAGCUGCAAUAGUAAUGCGGCUGGUAAGCAUUGCCCUUACCGUGAUGUUGUCCUACGAGUAUUAUCAGAAUGGGCGGCUAACCUAUCUUGGCCUCACAGUUGCCAGCGUCCUUGCACCCGCACUAAUCACGGCCAUACUCAGCCUGUUGAUGUAUAUCGACGAUACGCGACGAAAACGGCAAGACGGCCUUCGUGAAUGCCAUACCAUGUGUUGCGUUCUCUUCUUGCCCUUUUUAGGGCGAUACUGGCAUUCCUUCAGGCUCUCAUAUGCCUGCUACCAAGCUAAGAGGCGGGAUGAUCAGGAUGCCCAAAAGCGUUCUUACGAGCAGCUCGUGCUAGAGGAUAGCGACGUUUCGUUGCUACGGAUAUUCGAAUGCCUGCUCGAGGUAACAUUACAAAAAAUUCUACAACUCACAAUCGUACUGACGGACGGCCCCGUCUCUAUACUGCAAAUGCUGUCAAUCAUCACCGCUAUGGGCAGCAUAGCCUGGUGCAUGGCCUCGCAUUAUCGGUGCAUUAGGUUCGCGCGCCUUGACAAACGACGCAUCAUGUGGUCGGGGACGAUCAUACAGAUAGCGAUGCAGUACGCGGUGACGAUUGGACGCGUUCUUGCGAUCGCGACCAUUGCCAGCGUCUUCCCGUACCAUACGGCAUUGGCAUGCGGCGUACAUGCCAUCAUCAUGGCCAUCUGGAUCUACUUCUACGAGCGCCCAAGCUUUUGCGGCGAUUCCACAUUGCAGUGUAUCUUCCUUUCGUGUGUCUUCGGUUCAAUCUUCAUCUUUAACUACAUUCCGCUGCAGGAGGGCUCAACGAGGUUGCGGUAUAGUUUUUUCUAUACGCUGUGCUUUCUGGAGACCAUCGCCUGCGGUAUCCUGUAUGGGAUGUACACCCGCAAUGCAACGAUACGGCAAUCAACCCUCUGGUUCACAGUUCUGUGCUGUUUUCCCACGGUGACUUUCAUUAUCGGUAUUAGUUUGAUGGGCAUUUUCUACCGAUAUUUCCACCCCAAUAUCAUAUCGCGACAAUUGGAAAACAAGAACACUGCUAGCGAGUAGAUCGAUUGGUUUUUGCUCGGUACCAAAAUCGAAACGUGGAAAGUAUUUUCUUUCUAAUUUGCCAUCAGUGAGGCUACUUUCAUGUUAUUAGUGGGUGAUUUGUAUUCAUUAAUUUAAACACAGGUUCGUUUUGAAUGUUAAGGAAGCGUAUUGGUAAACAGCCACUAAAGCACAGGCACUCAAAGAAUCUCAUAUUAACGGCAAACAUUCACCGGAUGUACCAAAACUGAAUCUAAUUUAUAUUUCUUUCAAAAGCAUCUAAAUAAACUCAUUAAGUGUAA